AGUCUACAUAUAAACCCUGUUUCAUUUGUUCUUGGCCUGUGACUUGCCAGUGUCUCCCCUUCUUCACCAGAGUGUGUCCUGUCCUCCUCUUCUCAUAGGGUCUGAAGCACACAUUCCGCCAUCAUGUCUGAGAAAAGAAUGACCUCGAGCCGUAAGCAUCAUCUGAAGAGCUUGAUGCUCCAGAUUGCAGCCAAUUUGAUUGAAGAGGAGAAAAAGGAGAUUAAGGAGGAGAAAGCCAAUUUCAUGGCUAAGAUCCCCGCCCUGGAUUUGUCUGGAGAUCAAGCGGCGCUGAUGGAAAUGGUCAAAAAGUUGUCCCAGACCAUCGACAAGGUUGAUGAGGAAAGAUAUGACGCAGAAGCAAAAGUGAAGAAGACCGAAAAAGAGAUUGAGGACUUGAAGAUGAAAGUUAUUGAGGUUCAGGGCAUUAAGAAGCCAGCCCUGAAGAAAGUGCGUAUGUCUGCUGAUGCUAUGCUUGCAGCUCUGCUGGGCACCAAGCACAAGGCUUCCAUGGAUUUCAGAGCCAACUUGAAAGAAGUGAAGAAGGAGGUCAAAGAGGAGGAGGAAGUUGGUGACUGGCGUAAGAACGUUGAUGAACAGGCUGGCAUGGAUGGCAGGAAGAAGAAGUUUGAGUCCACAUAAAUGAUUGAAUUAGUUUUGGUGUUCAAAACCACGGAGGCUACUGAGUGAUUCAUUUAUCUUUGUCAUUAUUUUGAGGCACUGUUAGAGAGUUAGAGUAUAGCAUCUGAUAAGCACUUAUACUAACUGUAAACUGUCAUUGAAUUGUAACAUAUUUUCCAAAUGUAUAGGCUUAUCGGAAAUAUAUUCAACUGCCAAACUGCAGUAAUUAAAUAAAUGUCAGCAACAUGGUGAAAUGAUAGACA